AUGUCUCGGGAUUCCUCAUCACAUGCACUCUCUUACAUGUCUGGCAAUAAUAAUGCCUGGCUAACAAAUAAUUAUCCAACACCUGACAACGCUCAAUCUCCGCCAACAAAUAAUUCCGUCUCUACCUCUCAACCAACAAACUCCCCAAAAAAUGUAUCUAAUUCUCAACAAAGUCAACCUCGAAAUAUAACUAGAGAUUCUAGUUUUUUAUCUGACCUUCCUUCAGGUACAUUUUUCUCUGAAGAACCUUUACUCGGGAGUGCUACUUCAGUUCCUCCCUUUUCUCACGAUUUAAAUGAUACGUUUCCAAAUACUCCUCCAGAGGGCACUCACGAUCAUUCCGUCCAAAAAGAACGGGUAAACCCAUAUAUUUGUAGUUUUCAAGGAGAGGAUGAGACAAAUUUAUCACAUUCACAACAAAGUCCUAGGGGAAAUCAAAUUACCUCUACACUUGGUGCUGGACUUUUAAAUGCUAAUGAUAGGUUGAUCAUGAAUACUACUUCACAUGUCGAUCAAUUAGGUUUGCCAACUAAUGAUCUUGAAAAUGAUUGGAAUUUAUUAACUCAAUAUCAAGGGGAUUAUUUCCUGCCGAUGCCGAGUCAUGUGGGAUAUGAUAGUGUUUUAUAUGAUGAACAGAAUGUGAGUGUCCCAUUUAUUUCGGACAAUUUGAACCCUGAAUCUCAAAAAGACGUUAUAAAGUUAGAUAUAUCAAAGGAUGAUAUUAUUAACAUUGAAGAUACUGGAUUUUCGAGGGAACAUGAUACUAUACCGGUUUCUCAGUCACAAGCAAAUUCAGAAAAUAUCACUAUAGAUACUAGAUCACAAUUAUCUGAAAAUGCUAUUGUAAAUUCAGAAUGUGAUGAUGCUGAAUUUUCAGACCUUUGGAUUUCUAUGAAUCAGGUUAGCGAUGCAUUACGUAGGCAAAGUGAUUAUUUUGAAAAUAUGUCUAGUAUGUUUUCAACGAUGGAAUUUGCAAAAGUGGAGCCACAAAGUGAUGAUGAUAUCACAACUCCUACUACCACUGUUUCUGAAACGAGACGUAGCAUGCGCCCAAGAAAUAAGACUAGUUAUAAUUACCCACGGUACUCUUAUUCGAGUGGAAGACGAUCAAAGAAAAGGCGACGUAAAUAUCCCCAUCGUUCAAGGUCACAUUCAGCAACAGAGAACGAAGCUGAUGUCGACGAUAUUUCCAAUUCUGGUCAUGGCCAUCAGGUCGAAUCAGAUGAACAUACUCAUGAAUUAUCUCCGGUACAAAGUGAUAGAGAAGAAAUCCCUGAAGAUGUUUCUAGUAUCACUGAAAGUGUAAAUAAUUCCAGUAAUUUUUCACGAGAACAUGAUCUCCGUUCAAGAAAGGUCACCCCAAAUUAUAAAGGCGCUGGUACUACACCUAUUGCAACCAGACGUGCUAAAAGAAUUAAAACUUCUCCAAAGAUACCUAUUCAAAAAACUUCAAAUAAUGUGAAAACUACUCCAAAGCGCAAAAAUAUUCGACGCAAAUCAGCCAAACCAAUUAAGGUAGAAAAACCUGUGAAACCUACUAAAACUACAAAACUUACAAAAAACACAAGGCCCACAUAUAGUCGUAAAAGAAAAGAUGAUAGUGAAUGGGUUAUGGAUGAUGAUGAUAAUGACAAUGAUUCUGAUUCUGAAACACAGGAUAGUCCCAUCGUGAGUGCACCCGCUAAGCGUCAACGUCCUCCUCCAAAAUCGCGUAUUCCUUCAAUUAUAAUACCAAGAACGAGUAAAAUAUCUGCAGCUGCUAAACGUAAAACACGGUCUCCUAAACAAAUUACUCCUAAACAAAUUCCUAAACAAAUUCCUAAACCAGUUGUGCUUUAUGAAGAAGAUGCUGAAAUUGAAAUUGAUCCUGUACAACGUGAUCCAACACGGCCAAAAAGAACACCAAAAAAUGUUACAAGUUUAGUUGAUACACCAAGAAAAAAAGUUACUCCAAAGAAAAAUGUUACAAGUUUGGUUGAUACACCAAGAAAAAAAGUCACUCCAAAAAAGAAAAAUGUUACAAGUUUGGUUGAUACACCAACAAAAAAAGUUACUCCAAAGAAAAAUGUUGCAAGUUUGGUUGACACACCAACAAAAAAAGUUACUCCAAAGAGAGGUAGAAAACCAAAAACUACUAGAGUUAGUAAUCAAAAACGAGGCAAAAAACGAAGUCGAGCUAGUAGUACAGUUAGUGGACAUGCUAUAUUUGAUGAACCACCAAUUCUCGACCCUGAUUUGGUUGCUGUUUCUGAUGAUCCAAAUGUCCUUGCGAAUGCUGAUCGUAGUAGUACAGCUAGUGGACAUGCUAUAUUUGAUAAACCACCAAUUCUCGACCCUGAUUUGGUUGCUGUUUCUGCUGAUGAUCCAAAUGUCCUUGCAAAUGCUGUUCGUGUUCUAACUGCUGGUCAAACCUAUGAUAUAGUAGACACACCUGCUAGUACUCCUGUUUCUCUGACUGAUAAUUCACGCCUUAGUACUCCUUCACCGGUGUUUAUAAAACCGGGUAAACCCAAAUCUCGUUCCGCUUCAUUUACAAAUGUGGACAGGCCAGUAUUAUUAGAAAGCGGUUCAUCAUCAACUCAAACUUCUGCUGUUUGGACGAGGGACCACUGGAUUCAAUUGAAAGGUCUUUAUGAAGAUACUAAAAAUGAAUAUAUUCAAAAUGGUAAAGCUGGAAGAGGAAGCGAAGAUGUAUACAGAGAUGUUGUUGCGAAAUUUAUUAUGAUAAAUACGGAUAACAAGUCUUUUGGAGAAGAUAAUAUUCGCAAACGAAUAAUAGCUUUGGAAGCUGCAGAAUUUGAAAGGCAUUCAAAUAUAUUAAGUCGACGGAGUAGCGUUGAUAGUACGAGUUCAAUUGGCAGUCGGCCGAGUGUUUCACAUUAUAACUCGGCAUAUGCAAAUAUGCGCGAUACACCUGUUACAAAACGUAAACGUAGUGGUUCAACUUUAACCAACCUUGAGACCGAAGACGAAAUUGAGCAAUCUCCUUCAGUUCGGCGUCGACGCGUUAGUUCUAGUUCGCUAUCUGAAGAGAAACCUCAAGUAUCACCUGCUACAUCCAACAGCAAUGGCAUUUAA